AUGGCCGUCAUCUGGUUCAAGAAUUUAUUCAAGCUUACAAUACGGUGGAUGCUGAUGAAGCUAAUGGUCAACUGCUGGUCAUUAGAGCCCCUGUAUCACAGUUUGUCACCCGAUAUGCAGUCAACGGUUAUUCUCUUUGAGUACAGAGACAAGGGACGUCUUAUAUUCAGAUUGUUACAACCCAUAACUAGCUCAAUCCUAGCAGAGCAAAAUAGGAGAAAACUGUCAAAGAAAAUCAGAGAUCUCUCAACAGCAAAGAAGCUUUUGAUCGAAGUAACUCUCGCUUUGCAUCGAAAUGAGAAUGUGAAACAUGCCAACCAUAUUUCAUUGUACAAGCAACUAAUCGCCCCUAAACUGAAGAUCAUGAAUGCAAAAGCAAUAAAAGAUAAAUUAUAUUUGUUGUAA